GCAACCUCCCUCCCCGACAGCACCGCACUCCCUUGGGCAGAGAUGGGAGAUGGCGCCGGUGUUGCCCCUGGUGCUGCCCCUCCAGCCCCGCAUCCGCCUGGCGCAGGGGCUCUGGCUACUCUCCUGGCUGCUGGCACUGGCCGGUGGCCUCACCUUCCUCUGUAGCGGGCACCUCCUGGUCCAGCUGUCGCACCUUGGCACCUUCCUGGCUCCCUCCUGCCGGUUCCCUGCCCUGCCCCAGGUUGCCCUCGCAGCCGGUGCAGUGGCUCUGGGCACAGGACUCGGGGGUGCAGGAGCCAGCCGGGCAAGUCUGGACGCAGCUCGAUACCCUCCCUGGAGAGGGGUCCUGGGACCACUGCUGGUGGCUGGCACUGCUGGGGGUGGGGGCCUCCUGGUCCUUGCCCUGGGACUAGCCCUGGGUUUGCCUGGGAGUCUGGACCAGGGGCUAGAGGAGGGCCUGGAAACUGCCUUGGCUCACUACAAGGACACAGAGGUGCCGGGACGAUGUCAUGCCAAACGGCUGAUGGAUGAGCUGCAGCUGAAGCACCACUGCUGUGGGCGCCAUGGGUACAAGGAUUGGUUUGGGGUCCAGUGGGUCAGCAGCCGUUACCUGGACCCCAAUGACCAGGACGUGGUUGACCGGAUUCAGAGCAAUGUGGAAGGCCUAUACCUGACUGAUGGAGUCCCUUUCUCUUGCUGCAACCCCCACUCACCUCGGCCUUGCCUGCAAAGUCAACUUUCAGACCCCUAUGCCCACCCCCUCUUCGACCCCCGACACCCCAACCUAAACCUCUGGGCCCAAGGAUGCCAUGAGGUGCUGCUUGGGCACCUGCAGGACCUGGCCAGCACACUGGGCAGCAUGCUGGCUGUCACCUUCCUGCUGCAGGGUCUGGUGCUUGUUGGCCUGCGGUACCUGCAAACAGCACUGGAGGGGCUUGGAGGGGCCAUUGAUGGGGAAGGAGAGACCCAAGGCUAUCUCUUUCCUGGUGGGCUGAAAGAUAUGCUGAAAACAGCAUGGCUACAGGGAGGGGUUGCCCACAGGCCAGCAGCUGAGGAGGCCCCACCAGAAGAGGCACCUCCCAAGGAGGAUCUACCUGAGGCCUAGUUGCCUACAGCAUAGGAUAGGGGGGGUGAAGCUGGGGAAGGCGGGAAGAGGGUGGAAUGGACAAGUCUGGAAACCUCACAACUCCUUACCAAGACUCCAGGUUGGGGGGAGGGUCCCCGGGAUUAGAGAGGUUAGGGAUAGUCAGUGAGCUGGAAGGAAUUGAGGAUAGUCAGGUAGCUGGACAAGGGCAAGAGAAAAGCAGCUCUUAGGGCUUAGCCCUUGCAACCGGAACCAGCAGGUGUAACAGCAAGAACAGAAUGAUGAGAAAGUAACAUGGGAAAGCCUAGAGAUUGCUUCUGGUGCGCAAAACUCAAUAAAAGUUUUUGGAUGGAA